UCCAGAGCCUGCAGUAGUGCUAGAUCGCUCUAACUCAAAAGAUCUCUAUAACAGGCAGAGAGGACAAAGGGACCUAAGUGCCAGGCAGAGAGGACAACUUCAGAAAAACCUGCGCUGGACACGAGAGCAAGGGUCAAAUUCUAUUAGGCAUUGAAAAAAAAAAAAAAAAAUCAUCUUCAGCCGAGCAGCAGCUGGUCCCGAGCUUGAAAGCAGGAAGAGGAGAGGGAAGAGGAGAAAUAAAAGGAGCAGAGAAAGUGACUGGAAUGAUAAGAUGAGAAGCAGGCAUGUGCUGCUAAAGCUCUCCUAUCAUGAGGCCGUUCUGGAACUCCUUCUCACGCUCUUGUUGGGUUCGCACGUCCUUGCCGCGUGCCCCACCAUGUGCACUUGCAGCCGCAGCCACCGGGAGGUAGACUGCUCCUGGAGGGGCCUGAGACAGUUGCCCGAUGGCUUGCAGCAUAAUGUACAUUCCCUCAACUUGUCCCACAACCGGUUCCACGACCUGGAUGGCCAGCUCACUGCGUACACCCAUCUACGCUUCCUUGAUUUGUCUCACAAUCGGCUGAACCAUCUUCCAACGGGCUUGCCUCGAUCUCUGUGGAAUCUCUACGCCUCCUCCAACCGUCUCCAGCUGCUGGACAAGAACGACACUGUCUACCAGUGGAAUCUGCGAAUGCUUGACCUCUCCAACAAUAAGCUGGAGCGGGCCAUAUUUAUCAACAAUACCCUGAUCAACAUGUGCAUGGUUAACUUAAGCUACAAUCACUUGAGAACCAUACCCACAAAUCUGCCUGCACACCUGGAGACCAUUGACCUUUCCCACAACUCACUUGUUAAGGUGCUGCCAGGAUCUCUAGACCGGCUAAUCAGGCUAACUCACUUCUUUCUGCAUGCUAACCACUUUUCCUCGCUGCCGUUUGGAGUGUUUGACAAGAUGGUGUCACUUAAAGUCAUCAACCUUGGGGACAACCCUUGGGACUGUCAUCUUUAUGCCGACAUCGCCUACCUACUUUCCUGGUCGCAGCGCACCCCUGCAAGGAUCCUGGGCUGCCCCUGCCACACCCAGCCUGUCUGUGGAGGUGUUCGCCCUAGCAAGACCGGAGGUUGGCAUUUUGCCUCAUACAACCUGCCCCCUCUGGCGGCAAGUGCUCAGUACCAGAGCUCCACGCCUUCAGAAGCUAGUGUCACCGGUUGGUGGUACUUGUCGGGUUCCUCUCUACUAAGCACCCCAAACACCCCUAAAGAGUCACACAGACACACACACCACAACACCUUCUCUACCCUAACACCCAGAAGAACAGGCCCACACCUCACUAUUAAUCACUUCUUUGUCACAGAGCGCACGCUACACAUGGAUUCACAUCUCGUUUCUCGCACAAAGGAAGCCUCAACUGGUGUUUCCCUCCACACCACCGACACGUCUUCAGUUUCUGACCCCAGCGUCAUUGCUGAAACACCCAUCAGAGCUGACAUGACACAGACAACAGACCAGAUCUUCACAACAGUGAGCCCCUCUACACAAACAAAGAAAACAACAACACUUCGCACCAGAAGUGUGAGGAGGCACAAUCAGUCCAUUCCUCGGGGCAUCAACAACAGCACCCCAGCAUGUGUCACAUUCUCCUCGCUUACUUUCCUGAACAAUCUGGGGCUUCUGUUUCUCUUUCUUCAACAGGUCCUAUGAAGGAGGACUAUUUUUGAAAAAAAAAAACACAGUUUGGUGUAAAGUCUUAAUUCAUACAGUAGCACAAUAUAAACAGCACAAGAACAAGACUUCUGAUUUGUUUGUAUAAUGCAAGACGCGACUGCAAAAGGCCCUUCACUGUACAAAGGCUUCAUGAAAAGUUUUGUUAUUAUUGCAUUUGGCUGUAAAUGAUAGGAUUCUACUCUCACACUACAAUUUUUGAUAACCCUUUUUUUUUUAAAGAUUUUUUUGGGGCAUUUUGUGCCUUUAAUGGAUAGAUAGGACAGUGGAUAGAGUUGGAAAUCAGGGAGAGAGAGAGAGUGGGGAACGACAUGAGGGAAAGGAACCGUAGGCGGGAUGCGAACCCGGGCCGCCCGCCUGCAGGACCACAGCCUCCACACACGGGGCGCACACACAAACCACCGCGCCACCAGCACCCUUGAUAACUCUUUUUUCAAGUCUGAAGGCAAAUGCCUUGUUCAUACAUUUUUCCAACAACAUUGUAAUAAAUCAAUCUUAGCACAUGGUGGCACUAUAAAUUCAGGAUUGUUCCUGAAUGUAGCCUUGUGCAGCUAUAGUCUACAUCUUUCAAACAGGACAGUGAUAUGACCUACAAAGAAUGGUACAUUUCAUUUUGGGGAGGUGGGAAUUUUGUUUCCAUAUUUAUUGCUCUGAUCUUACUGAUGUUGUAAGUUCAUGUUGUAAAUUAUGGAAAUGUAGCCUAUUGUUUGUUUUUAAAGAGACGGUAUGAACCCAAAAUUUCUGAAUGACUUGUUUGACUCCAUUUAAAAUAUGUCCUUUAUGCCUGCCUGCUUGUUUCUUGUAUCAGCCAACAUCUCUUACUAGAAGAGCUUUAUUUUCCUGGGGACAGGGUGUAUGUAAAAAAAACUUAUCAUGACAAAUACGAAACAGAUUAUCCGAGGAGCACAGGGAAAACAAAUGGACAAUGUUGUAUCACUGUUUCUACAAACUGUGAGUACCGAGUACUGCUUCUGUAUUUUGAUCACAUCUCAGACUUAAGUGUCCUUCAUGAUUCAGUGACGCCGGGGAAAAUGAUCUGCAUGGUGAUUGGACGUUCCAGGAAUGCUAACCUAUUGCUAUAUCACAACAGAGCAUUAAAUCUCAGACAUUCUCAGCUUAUUUAGAUGAAAGGUUAAGAUAUUCCUUGUUGCAUUUAGGGUAAAAAGAGGAUGCCUAUAGGUUUUAUAAGUUAGAAAAACCAUGAUCAAGGUGCCAAAAGAGCAGGAAAUGCAUCUCAGCCGACUUAAUUUGAAAAACAACGAGGAAUUGACUUCUAUUAAGUCAAAUAAAAUGUGUGUUGUUUACACUUCCUGA